AACCGGUCGGAACGAUACUACUGCUGACGUGAAUCGAAAGUUGCACAACAGUUUCGACGGUUGAUCUUUUUUCCCAUUUAUAAUCCAUGCAACAUAUUAAUUAAAGGAUAUACAAUAACUCCAAGUAGGCCUACAUAACUGCGGGAUGGGCUCGGUUACAUCGACAUCGGUGUCUGGUGGCGGAAAGGAACACACCGGAAAAUUGUAUUUCGAUCCUCUAGCCGAUCAGCCCGGAGAUGGCUAUUUCAUCACGGAUGCAGAACUGCGUGAGAGACUUGGCCAACUGGUUGAGGAAUCAGAGAAGAUUCUGGAGGUUGGGCACUACACGAAUCCGCUGAGCAAUGUACAAGUCACGCAAAUCGUCCUCCAUCACGCGUACAUUGUUUUCCAAACGGACGAGUGGUGGUGGUCCAUCGAGAAGAACAGCGAUGGCGUCACCAUUCAGCGGUCGAAAAUUGCCGCAUACGUUCGCAACAAGUACCGUAGACAAGAUCGCACGACGAAUGUAUUUGGGGGCGGAAUCCGAUGCGAGAGGAAAUGUAAAGGCAGUCACUCUGUCAAAGAGCUGAUUGAUCACAUUUAUAGAAAGAACUACUUGAAUGAAGUUUACGAUCUUGUCACCAACAACUGCCAACAUUUUGCUCAACACAUUUAUCAAUUCAUCUGAACAAAUCAGCGCACCCCGAGUCCCGACCAUAUCUCUUCGGCACUUCAUUCCAGCACAGUCUAAUUGAUAAUAAUGUGUAUCAGCUAGGCUAUUAUAUAAAUUUAGUACUAUAUUAUUAUUACAACCCAGGUCGAUUCCAAAAUGCACAACUUAUUUUUAUUUGGUUUGCAUGAAUUUU